CAUACACGAACACUUCGUCGUUCGUCGCCAUUAGAGAAUCAUUCCGAAUACAGCGGUCGAUCGGUACGGACCUAGUACAUAUAUCAUAUUCACUCGUGCGACGUUUUGUCUAGAAAAAUUAACUUACAGUAACUUGUACGUAAACGUGCGUUUUGCGGUUUAGCAUCUAGCUGGUUAUUAUGUGUUACUAACUAACUUUUCAUAAUUCUACUUUGAAAUUGUAUUAAUUUCGGUUGUCGGAUUUUUUCUGUGACUGCUUGUGCGCGUCUCGAGACAAGUUCUGAAGUUGCUUAAAAUACUUAAGAAUUCGGUGCCCGUUUUUCGUGAAGAAGGCUUCAUCGAAGAAUCAUUAUUUUUCGUCGAGGUUGCUUUAUGUGAAAACUGCAAGUAAUCGAACUUGGAGAACGUUACUGCCCUCAACCAGCAGGCCACGGGCAUCUUCGAAUUCUGAUGAAAUGUUAAUUGAAUUAGUGAAGAGCAAACCGGGUCUAUAUGAUUUACAAACAAGUCAGUAUAGUGACGCUCAUUUUAAAAAACAAGCGUGGAACGAAAUUGGGAAAACGAUAGGUCAGUCUGGUGCAAAGACUCGCUGGGAGUGUUUGCGGGGCCAGUACCGAAAAUAUUUAGCAAAACUGAAAACUAAAAGCGGACAAGCUGCGGCCAAAAUAACGAAGUGGCGAUUUGCCGAUCAUAUGGAGUUUUUGACAACAUACAUUAAUGUGGAACGGCCAAGACUGUUGUCACGUGGAAAGUUCACAGGUUUUUAAAUGAACAGCACUUUUAAAGGUUUGGCACUUUAUUUUUAUAAUAUGAUUUCGACUGACUCCGCUUAUGUCCGGUAAGGUCUUUUAUAAUGUCGCUAGUGGUGGAGAAGGGGCCGAUGAUUGACAAGGUGGGAUGUCCGUGAGAACGCGUCUUAUCGAAUACUUAAGUAGGUGGUCGUAAUAUGAUGUUUAGGUGUCCGGUCGUGAGGACUUCGAUUGUUCGAAUAUCGAUCGCUUAGGCGGGUGGCCGUAACAUGAUGUUUGUCCGAACGUGGGAAGAAUUCGAUUAAUGUACAUUUUAGGCGGCUGGUCGUAACACUUCCCCCUCUUUAGACUUGUUUUGGUCUCACAAAACGUACAAUUUUCCGGGCUGGUUGAAUAUGAACGAUGUUUUCUUCUAGUGCAGGUAGCAAAUCUUUGGUUGAUGACCUGGUACCUUCGUCACAGAUUGACGCUGAUGUUGUUGGUGGGAGUGUAGUAUUUUGUUGUUCUUGAUUUGCAGUCGCAGUGGGACAACAGAUAUUAAAAAUAAAUGUGGAUGGUAUACAUCGAGAAAGUAGUUUACAUUUGUAUAGUGUAUAAAUUGUGAUUACGGCUAUAGAUAUGUAUCCCAUAAUUUGUA